GCAGCAGUAUCGCCAUCGCUUUGCAAACUUUUGUGACAUCUCUCCGGGAAUCCUAUUGAAGUGGAAAACUACCUAUCUCAGCGUUCUAAUACUCGACAAUGGUUGUGCGGUCGAACAGGUCUCCUUUAACUCCGGAGUUCGACGCGCUGGUUGAGGAGCAACUGGCUAAAUGGAAGGUGCCUGGUCUGACAGUAUCUGUGGUUCAUGGUUCUAGCACUUCAGCUAAAGCCUACGGAGUUGCGGAAUUCCCCGACAAGAAGAUGACCGUCGACUCUCUUUUCGACACCUGUAGCACGACCAAAGCCUUCACUGCCGCUCUCAUGUCGAUGGCUAUUGACGACAGCAAGGAAACCUCAAACCCUAUCAGUUGGGAUACUCCAGUCUCUUCUCUGAUUAGGGAGGACUUUGUCUUGGCAGAUCCGUACGCCACCGCCAAUACCACAAUUGAAGACAUGCUCUCCCACCGGUCCGGCUUACCAGGGCACCAGGCAUCAAUGUCCCUAGCCAUGCCCAACGAAACGCUCCGUGAAGAGGUACAAAAGCUACGUCACUUACCUCUAGCGUUUGCUCCGCGCACGACGUUCAAUUACUGCAACCAUAUGUUCAUGGUUGCGUCGCAUGUGCUGGAGACCUUGUCCGGACAAAGCUUGGGGCAAUUAAUGAGAGAGCGCAUAUGGAAGCCCGUGGGGAUGAAGGACACCUAUUUCUCAAAGAAAGAAGUUCUAGCAUGUCCAGCGACGUCGCAGCGCCUGGUGAAGGGGUACACCUGGGAUCCGACAACGAACCGCCACGUCCAGCGCCCAUACAUGGAUUACGCGCCUACGACUGGCACUGGCGCGAUCGUGAGUAAUGUCCUCGACUACGCGAAGUGGAUCCGGACCCUGAUCUACCAAGGCGCACCAAUAUCACGGGUAGGGUACCGAGAGCUCUUGUUCCCGCGUACCGUCAUCGGAGGCUGGGAGGACAUAAAUGUACCUCCAGGACAAUUCCACCUCUAUGCACUCGGAUGGUUUGUGGAUAAUUAUCACGGCGAGCAGCUGUACUGGCAUUCAGGGAGCUGGGAGGGAUUUGGAAUCAUGGUAGGCUUUGUGCCCAGCAAGAAGUUCGGCUUCGCGAUGAUGGGCAACACGCAGAAGGCGAGAUACGCCGAGCUCGAGCUCUAUCUCUAUCUACUGGAUCAGUUGUUGGGCAAGUCGGACGAGGACAGAGCGGCUUAUAUCGCCAAGAUCGACGCGAUUGUGCAAGAGAGGCAGAAGACAAUGCUUCAAGGCAUGGAGGAGGUCAAGCGCCGGCUGUAUCCUGGGCGUACACUUCGACUGCCCCAUCCUCUGUCGCUAGAUCAUUAUACAGGAACAUAUUUCCAUCCGGGCCAUGGCCCCAUCACGCUGUUUCUGGAGGAUGGUAAGUUGCAUGCUGAUCUGAUGGAUCGGGUCGCGAAGUCUUGGUUGCGCUUGGAGCAUGCCAGUGGGAUCUUCUUUGUCGCGAAGGCGUAUAAGCCUGAGGCGGAAGGGGUGGACCCUGAUUAUUUUGCAGCGGAGUUUUACGUGGGUGCGACGGGGGCUGUGGAAAGGCUGGGUCUCGAUUUGGAGCCUGCGUUAAAUGGUCAGAUGAUUUGGUUUGAGAGAGUGUUGAGUUGAGUUAAGUAGGUAGUUGUCUGGCCGUCCCUCACGGGUGUGCGACGUUGGCAUUAGUGUUUGAAGAUUUGUCAGUCUGCGCAGUAAUUCAUCCGAGGAAGACUUGAGUUUCUUUGAGUGAAUCGUCAUUUAAUUCCAGUUGCAUGCAUUUGUGUUCUUGGCAGUCGAAGCGGCGGCUUUCAAGGGGAAGAAAGGAACAUAGUUAUGGCUUAUGCAUAUCCCCAUGUUAAAGGGAAGGUUGAAAUUCAAGUUGUUGCUCACU